CAUAAUCAAUUAAUCAUACCUAACCUAGCUAAACCCUCAAUCCCCUUCUCUAAACCCUUUCUUCACUCUCCACUCUUCACUCUUCACUCUUGAAUCUUGAUUCCUCUCUUUUCUCAAUCAUCACAAUGCAGUCCACUCUCUUCUUACCCACCUCGCUCCCCACUCUCCACCGCCGCACUCUCCCCUUCUUCUCCAUCAGAGCCUCCCAAUCCUCUCCCUCCGUCACCGUCGACUCCCCGCCGGAGUCCUCCUCCGCCGCCGCCGCCACCCAAAAGCUCAACAAGUACAGCUCCCGAAUAACCCAACCAAAGUCCCAAGGAGCCUCCCAGGCCGUACUCUAUGGCGUGGGUCUCUCCGAGGACGACAUGGACAAGCCCCAGAUUGGCGUCUCUUCCGUCUGGUACGAGGGUAACACCUGCAACAUGCACCUUCUGGAACUUUCCGAGGCCGUUAAAGAAGGCGUUAGGGAAGCCGGCAUGAUCCCCUUCAGGUUCAACACCAUCGGUGUCAGCGACGCCAUUUCCAUGGGUACGAGGGGCAUGUGCUACAGCUUGCAGUCCAGGGACCUCAUCGCUGAUAGCAUUGAAACCGUUAUGAGUGCUCAGUGGUAUGAUGGCAACAUCUCCAUCCCUGGCUGUGACAAAAAUAUGCCAGGUACAAUCAUGGCAAUGGGCCGCCUCAACAGACCAAGCAUUAUGGUUUAUGGUGGGACUAUAAAGCCUGGUCAUUUUCAGGGUAAUACAUUCGACAUAGUAUCUGCCUUUCAGAUUUAUGGUGAAUAUGUGAGUGGAUCAAUUGACGAUCAAUACCGACAAAAUGUUCUCCGCAACUCUUGCCCGGGUGCUGGGGCUUGUGGAGGAAUGUAUACAGCCAAUACCAUGGCUUCUGCAAUAGAAGCUAUGGGAAUGUCUCUUCCUUAUAGCUCAUCUACACCUGCUGAGGAUCCAUUAAAGUUGGAUGAGUGCCGAUUAGCUGGAAAAUAUCUUCUCGAAUUGUUGAAGAUGGACUUGAAGCCCCGAGAUAUCAUCACUCGUAAAUCACUACGCAAUGCAAUGGUUAUAGUUAUGGCACUUGGUGGAUCUACCAAUGCUGUGUUACAUUUAAUUGCUAUAGCCAAGUCUGUUGGCAUCGAAUUGUCUCUUGAUGAUUUCCAAAAGGUUAGCGAUGAGGUUCCUUUCCUUGCAGAUCUCAAGCCUAGUGGAAAAUAUGUCAUGGAAGAUGUUCACAAGAUUGGAGGAACCCCUGCUGUUAUCCGCUACCUUCUUGAGCAAGGCUUUCUAGAGGGGGACUGUUUGACUGUUACUGGGAGGACACUUGCUGAAAAUUCUGAACUUGUUCCUCCCUUGUCCCCGGGCCAGGAAAUAAUAAGGCCUAUAGAAAAUCCCAUAAAGAAGACAGCGCACAUUCAAAUAUUAUACGGAAACCUUGCCCCACAGGGUUCUGUUGCUAAAAUUACUGGAAAAGAGGGGCUAUACUUCUCUGGCCCUGCACUUGUAUUUGAAGGAGAGGAGUCAAUGAUUGCUGCCAUUUCAGAGGAUCCUUCAAGUUUUAAGGAAGUUGCCUUGUUGACUGAUGGGAGAUUUUCAGGAGGAUCACAUGGAUUUGUUGUUGGCCAUAUAUGCCCUGAAGCACAGGAGGGUGGUCCAAUCGGCUUGAUUCAAAACGGAGAUGUCAUCAACAUCGACGUCCAGAAGAGGAGGAUUGAUACUUUGGUAUCCGACGAGGAGAUGGAGGCACGCAAGAAGAAAUGGUCUGCUCCGCCAUACAAAGCUAACCAAGGAGUUCUCUACAAGUACAUUAAAAAUGUGAAAUCAGCUUCUAGCGGAUGUGUGACGGAUGAGUAAAGAGAGAGAGAGAGAGAGAGAGAGAGAGAGAGAGAGAGAUAGAGCAGAGUUUUGGUGAGUAGCAGAGGGAGAAAAAGAGGGUCAUAUGUGUUUUUUUGGGGUGUUAUUAAUAUUUAGGCCUAAAAGGGUGCAUAGCAAUGUAGCUUGAUGUAUCUCUUGUGAAUUAUAAUUAUUCUUUUGCUACUUCAUUAUGGACCAGUUAUCAUUUUUGUAAUUUUUGUGUGAAUUUGUUUAAUGUUGUGUAUCAGUUAAUGAAUAAAUGUUAGUUUGAACAUUUCUCUUGGGAGAAAUGAGAAAUCAAUGUUCUUAAAAUAGAUUUCAUCAUUCGGAUGAAAAUCAUAAUAAAGCUCAAUAUUUUCUGU